AGUCUGAGCAUCUCAGAGGAUGCGGCGCGGCGAGCUGCUGCUGGGACGCGCGCAAGGUGAACGCGGGGGCUGCCCGCGCGGCGCCCAGGCUCAUCCAGUGAGGGCUGGAAGUUGAAGGCUCUAGGCCCAGGCAUCAGAGUGGACCAUGGCCCCCAGCCCAUGGGGCCGUGUAUGUGGCCUCUUGCUGCUGUUGCUGCUGCUGUCCCUGGGGACUGGCCCUGCUCUGGGCCAGGGCCGUUCCAGGCCACAUGAGGACUUGGAACCACACCUGUUCCCAGGAGCCCAUCCCAAGGGUCCUGUUGAUACAGAGCCCCAAGCUUUCGACUUCUUCUGGGAGACGCCCAGAGAUGAGAGCCCCUGGAACUCCAAUGUCCCCCACAUCCCUGCUGAGAAAGUGCCUGAGCAGUUCGCAGACUCUCCCCUUGGCCCAGCCCUGCAUGGACCUAAAGCAGCCCAGGGGGCUCAGAGAGAUGGACUCCCAGUAACUGAUGACCUCCAGAUGGCUCAAGGACCAAUUUCUCAAGGCUGGACAGGACCUCCUGAGUUGCCGGAGCCCCUGGAGCAAGAAGCACCAGUGCCCCUUCCAGUGGGCCCCCCCAAUCUCUCUUUGAUCCCCACAACUCCCAGACUCCAACUCAGGGUAGCCACAGUUCCUCCCUCCCGAGGGGAACCUAGAGACCAAGUGGGACAACGACAACUUAGAGAUGAGGGUUUGGGGGCCCAAGCCAGGAACACGGUCUCAGAGACAUCCCCCUCAGCUCACCAGGGUCCUCCCCACACUGUUGUGCCCCACUUAGGCACUGUCAGGAUGCCAGUGCUAGAACAGGGUGGGGGUGAGGACUUCCAGGAGGCAGCUCAAGGCCCACUUUUCACGCAGCAAGAUCCAGCAAUCCCUGAGGCUGGCGUGGUAUCCCCAGUUGAGGUGGCAUCCACUCAGGAGCCUGGGUCCCAGCCAGAUCUGGCAUUGGCCAGAAGCCUUCCUCCAGCCGAGGAACUGCCAAUUGAGCCCCCCAAGAAGGCUAGAGGUGGGGAGACAUGGGCAGUCAGUUUUCCAAGUCCCUCACCUAAACAGGUUGAUGUCCCUGGUGUUCAGGGAUCACCAGGACCCCAGCCCUCAAGUCCCCCAGCCUCGGAGACUUCUGAUGGGCAGCCCAAGCCAGAGAUAGCAGCAAUGAAUGGAACAGAUCCCAUCUCUCCCCAGCGGGUGAGAGGAGCAGUGGAGGCCCCACGUACCCCCAAGUCCCUCAUCCCUGUCCCCUUGGAUCCUGGCCCAGCUACAAACGGAACAGAGAGCCCUGUGGGGCCCCUGCAGCCAGAUGAAGCCGAGGAGUGGCCCGGGCGCCCCCAGAGUCAUCCCCCAGCACCCCCAGUCCAGGCCCCCUCGACGUCACGCCGGGGCCUCAUUCGGGUCACCACGCAGCGUGCCCUGGGCCAGCCACUCCCUCCGGAGCCCUCAGCCAGCUCCACGGCAUCAGCCCCAGCCUCCAGCCCCCCUGCCAACGCCACCGCACCCCCCCUACGCUGGGGUCCCCUGCGGCGGGUACUGAGCUUUUCCUGGGAGCUGCACGUCUAUGGGGUGGGGGUGCUCUUUCUGCUGCCUGCAUUGCUGGCACUGGCCUCUCUGGCAGCCGCCCCUGCGGGGCCCCGGCUGGCUCUGGUGGCAGCGGUGCUGGUGUUCAUAGCAUCGGGGCUGCGAUCUGCCUACAUGCUCACGGACCCAUACGGUUCGCAGGAGCGGCUGGGUUUACGCGCGGGCCUGGUACUCUACAACCUGCCCUUUCCCUUGCUGCUCACUGCGCUGGCGGCCCUGACCCUGCUCGGCCUGGGUGCGGGGCUGCCACAGCAGCUGCAGAACCCACUUCUGCUGGGAGCAGUGGCCUUGGCGCAUGGCGUGGGGUUACUCGCUACUGACCUGCUGUCUGCGAGGCCGGCGUUCAACCUCCUGGCUCAGGGCUUCUCUUGCGCCUGGGGUGCGGUCGUGGCUCUGGGUACGCUCUGCCUGUGCCGUCGCCGCCUGCUGGACGGGCCGCGAGGCUGGGAUGCCAGCCCGGGCCCGCGGCUGCUGGCAGUGGCAGGCGCUCUGGGGCUGCUUGCCAGCGGCUUACAGCUGGCUGCUGCCCUCUGGCUGUAUCCGGGCCCAGGCCGCGUGGGCCGCUUCUCCUGGGCUUGGUGGGGAGUCCACUUCUGGCUGCGCCUUCUGGAGCUGACAUGGGCGCUCGCCCUGGCACUGGCCGCUGUGGCUGCGGCGCGGCCCAGGCCGCCCACAGAGCAUGCCUGCUGGGCUAAGCUGCUGCGCCUGGCAUGCCCUGCGCCGUCCGGCAAGAGCGAGGUGCCUGAGCGACCCAACAAUUGCUAUGCUGGGCCCAGUGGCGUCGGCGUAGGCAGCUUGGACAUAAGCAAGAGCCUCAUCCGCAACCCCGCGGAGGGAGGCCUGACUGCCACUCCCAGUUCAGGCCCCUGGGGCUCGGCUGCAUCGCUGGGCCGCGGUCCCCAGGGUGGCCCAGGACUGUCCGGCAGCAGCGUGGGGCCAGCGCCGUCGAUGAGCGAGCUGGACCUGCGGCCGCCGUCUCCCAUUAACCUGAGCCGCAGCAUCGACGCCGCGCUCUUCCGAGAGCACUUGGUGCGAGACAGUGUGUUCCGGCGCUGCGGCCUGCGCGGCCUGGCCUCCCCACCGACUGGGGGCGCGCUGCGUCCGCGCCGUGGCAGCCACCCCGACGCCGAAUUCGACGGUGCCGGCUCUUCGCUCCUCCGUGGCCGCUGCCGGUCGCUCAGCGAUGUGCGCGUACACGGGCCGAUUCCACCACACAUAGUGGAUGCGCCUGACCAGGCGGCUUCUGGCAGCUCGAUGGACAGCUUCUCCCGGGGAUCCCUCAAGAUCAGCUGGAACCCGUGGCGCCACGGGCUGUCGUCAGUGGACAGUCUGCCCCUAGAUGAGCUGCCCAGCACUGUGCAGCUACUGCCUGCCACAGCCCCUGCUCCCGCCCGGCCCGGGGAACCCCCGAGUGAGGUCCAGCCUCACUGCAAGCCUGGUGACUCCCGCAGCGCCUCCAGUGACACCAUUGAGCUCUGAGCAGGCUCCACACUGCUGCAGGACCAAGGUCCCGCGCUCGGUGGCCCUAUGGCAUGGCCGACUGGGACAGUUGAGUAUUUGAAAAACUGCCAUUCCCGGACCUCAACUUGACUGCAGCCUCCAGAGACAGCCGGGAGUGAAGCCACCCCUCCCCGUUUUUUUGUUUUUUAAAUAUCUCUAUUUUUUUCCAAUGGGUAUUUUGCACAGAGGCUAUGACUUAAGCUGAAUACAGGGUGGAUAUGCAUGGAUUUAAGUAUGGGGAAUGGGGUCCAGGUGCCCCAAACACCCCUCCAGACUCCACAGUGUGGAGGGAUGAGGCUAGCUUGUCCAGAUUGACUGUCCUCUUUGUGCCAAAGAAAUAAACCCUUAGGACUUGG